CUGAUAUGGGUUAACCGGUUAAGCGCUUUAAAAACAAAUUUGUCGAUUCAGUAUUAUUUUAUAAUACAAACAGAACGCGUGCUUUUAAUUCCAACAAGCGUUCAAAAUGUACGAAAUAGAAAACCUAUCCGAUCUGCUCAAAGGUCAGUUGGACGAAGAACUUGAAUAUGUAGACUACAGUGCGAAGAGUUUAACAGGACCGGGAGAGAAUUUUGGAAGUGUAAUGUUAAGUGUGGAGAUCAAGUGCAAAAAUAAAAAAACUAAUAAUGAGGAGACCAUUUAUGCUGUGGCAAAGACACCACCACCUAGCGAAUUUAUGCAGAAAAUUUUUAAAACCGAUUUAACAUUUAAGCCCGAAAUUGAGUUCUAUAGAACGGUAUUUCCAUUGUUGCAAGAAUUUCAGAAAAAGCAUGGCAUGAAACCGCUGCAAUACCAUGCGAAGUUCUUAGGCGGAAGAUUGAAUUUAAAAAACACUGAUACUAUGGAUUCAAAUGCUGUUUUAUUAAUAGAAAACAUUGCCGUUAAAGGGUUUAAAUGUGCUGAUAGAUUAAAAGGUUUUGAUUUGGAAACAAUAAAGCUCAUUCUACAAGAUUUAGCCAACCUCCAUGCCACUGGUAUCGCCCUAAAACUUCAGUGCCCUGAUGAAUUUAACAAAAAAGUGAAACCUUACGUAAACAUCAUGAUUUUUGGAGAUGAUGCCGGCUCUGAAAACUUCGUAGAGGAUAACAUUAAAGCUACAAGAGAUAUCCUAGGCGCCAACGAAGAAGUAAAACCAUUUUUACAUGCUGUCAUUGAGUUGCUAAGGAAAAAAUGUGAUAAUUCUCCCAAAGAACCAUUCGCCACGAUAGUCCAUCAAGAUCUCUGGGUGAACAACCUGAUGCUAAAAGAAGAAAAUGGAAAAUUCAUAGAAAAUAAAUUCGUUGACUUCCAAAUGUGUCGCUACGUAUCUCCAGCCGACGAUUUAUUCUUCCUUCUAUUAACCAGCGUCCAAAACGACAUUAUUUUGGAAAAAUGGGACUUUUUAGUGCAAUUUUAUCAUGAGCAGUUUAUAGACAAUCUUAAAAAAUUUGACGUAAACACGGAACCAUUCUCCAGAGAAGCCUUUGAUCAAGAAAUUAAGGAUUCGUAUCAACGCCAAUAUGUUCACGCAUCCUGUAUGUUGUUUCCACUUUUAAUGGAUAAGUCCAAGGCAAAACCUAUAGGUAAGGACUUUGACCCUAAAAAUGAACCACCGAUGGAACCAUCUGAAGCCCAUAAGAAAAAGUUAUGCACUAUUGUUAAAUUGUAUAAUAAAAAUGGUUGGUUGUAAUAAGUAUUUAUAAACAAAAUUUUUAUAAUUGUAA